AUGAAUGAAUUACAAUCUUAUUUGAAUAUUGAUUAAAAUGCUCCAGAGAAUAAUUCCUUUUACAAUUUUAUAUUAAGAUUUGCAAUGUGGUUUUUAUUAUUAGGUAAUAGUGUUCCAAUUUCAUUAUUGGUUACAUUAGAAACAGUUAAAUUCUUUUAAGCUUAAAUGAUAUAAUGGGAUAAGAAUUAUUUAACAUUUGAUCGAACAGCAGCUGUUCAUUCCUCAAAUUUAAGUGAAGAAUUAGGAGUUAUUGAAUAUAUAUUUAGUGAUAAAACAGGAACAUUGACAUAAAACAUAAUGAAAUUUAAAUCUAUUAUUAUUGAUGAUAUUGUUUAUGGAGAUAUAGAGGAAUAACCUUAAUAAGAAAUAAUAGAUGAGAAACCUUUUAAGGAAAAAUAGAGAAUUGUAUCAUAAAAUGUAGAUUUUACAGAUGACACCCUAUAUUCUGAAUUAGUAUCUGAAUUCAUGAAUAAAAAAUCUGCUAAGAAUUUCUCAAAUAAUGAUCAUGUAUUCUUAACUCUCCUAUGCUUAUCUUUAUGUCAUACUAUAUAAACGGAAUUAGUUGAAAAUAUUGAAUCAGAAAUUUAAUAUAAUGCUAGUUCUCCAGAUGAAUUAGCAUUGGUGAGUUUUGCAGCAGAUAUGGGAUUUAAAUAUAUUGGUAAAGAAGACAAUGUAAUGAAGGUUUACAUUAAACAUAGUAAGGAAACCUUAAAGUUUUAAAUAUAAUAGAUUAUUGAAUUCAAUAGUACUAGAAAGAGAAUGUCAAUUGUUUUAAAAGAUUAAAAUGGAAGAUUGACUUUAUUUUGUAAAGGAGCUGAUAAUGUGAUUUUAUCUAUGUUAUAAGAUUUUGAUGAAAAUGAUUCUAUUUAGAAAAAUAUCUUAUUUGAAAUUAAAAAAUAGUUACAAGAAUAUGCUACAAUUGGUUUAAGAACUUUAGUUUUAGGAUAUAAAGAAUUGGAAUAGAAAGAAUAUGAAAAGUUUUUAUCUGAAUAUAACAGAGCAUAAGCUAUUUUAGAUGAUGAUUAGUUAAGAGAAUCAUUGAUGAAUCAACUAGAAGAAAUGAUUGAAAAUAAUUUAUAAUUAUUGUGUGCAACAGCAAUUGAAGAUAAAUUAUAAGAUAAAGUUGGAGAAGUAAUUGCUGAUUUAAAAUCUGCUGGAAUUAAUGUAUGGGUUUUGACUGGGGAUAAAAUAGAAACAGCUAUUAACAUUGGUUUUUCAUGCAAAUUACUGACAGAUUAAGUUAAACGAUUUAUAAUAGAUGGAGAUGUAGAAGGAUAAGUUGAAAGAUAAUUAGCUAAAGUUACUAAUUAUAUUAAUGAUCAUCCUGAUGAACCUUUAUCAUUGAUAGUAUCAGGUGUAGCUCUUGUUAUUAUCAUACACAAUUUUAAAGAAGUUUUCUUUAAAGUGGCAUUGAAGGCAAAUGCUGUUAUGGCUUGUAGAGUUUCUCCUAAGCAAAAACAAGAAAUUGUAAAUUUAGUUAGAAGAUUGACUGGCAAAAUAACUUUAGCGAUAGGUGAUGGUGCAAAUGAUGUUGCUAUGAUUACUUAGGCUCAUGUUGGUAUAGGAAUUAGAGGUUUAGAAGGGUAGUAGGCAGCAAAGGCUAGUGAUUAUGCUAUUGGAGAAUUUAAACAUUUAAGAAGGUUGUUGUUUUAUUCAGGACAUGAAUCAUAUAGGAAGAAUAGCAAUUUAAUUCUAUUUAACUUUUACAAGAAUUAAUUAUAUAUUGGAGCUUUUUUCUUUUUUGGUUUUUCAAACGGAUUCAGUGGGCAAAAUCUAUAUGAUUAAUGGUUGUCCUAAAUUUUCAAUGUAUUUUUUACUAGUUUACCUAUUAUUCUAUAUGCUCUAUUUGAUGAGAAAUAUCCAAAUUCAAAUUAUAUGCAAUUAGUUUAAGAUAAGGCCAAUUUCUUAGAAUCAAGACCAGAUAUUUACAGGGAGUAUCUAACUAAGCCUAUCUUUAAUUUAGUGUCUUUUUGGCAAUAAUUUUUAUGGGGUUUGUUAUAAGCAAUAUUAUUGAUGGUGAUUUCAUUUUAUGCAUUUGAACCUAUAUCCCCACAUAUUCAUGGAUAGAAUUCUACCUACUUAGAAGCAGGAAUGACUAUAAUGAGUGCAGUUGUAUUUAUUGUAAAUUUUAAAGUGCUACUUCUACACAAUACUGUAAAUAUUAUAUAUUAAUAAAUUUCUAGAAUUAUCCCAUUAUAGUUUAUAUUAAUAUUGGAUCAACAACUUGUUUUAUAUUAUUUUUCUUACUUUUCUCACAAUACCCUUUUUUUGAAAGUUUUGAUCUCUUUCAACGAUUGUAUGAGUGUUUUAAUUACUAUUUGGCUAUGAUAUUGAUGUUGACUGUAACUAACUUUUUUGAUCUUGGGAGACAAAGAUACAAUUAUUUUGUGGAAUAAUAUAGAGAGUAUUAGUAACACAACCCACCAAAUUAAUUAGAAAUUGAAAUGUGA